AUGGCGCUCUUUCGAUCCCUCGCUCGUCCGUUCCGAUCGCUCCAUGUAGCUGCACCCGCCAUUUCUGUCAACUCUUUACGCUUUGCUGCCGCCUCGUCCCCCGCCCCGCUCGUUUCGUCUCGGCUGCCCACGCGCGCGUCCAUUUUCUUCCCUCUUCCCCAUCAGCUGCAGUUCGUUCGGACGAUGGGUUACAAGCUCAAGACGAAAGCUGCUGUCAAAAAGCGCUUCAAAGUCAACUGCAAUGGCCUCGUCAAGCGCGCGCAGGCCAAUAAGCGCCACAUUGCGACGAAAAAGACGCGCGAGCGCAUUCGUCGACUGGGCAAGUCGGUCUUUGUACAGGGCCAGAUCCGCAAGAAUGUGCUCCGGAUGCUCGGCAAGUAG